UUGCCUCUUCAAGCUUCAGUUUGUUUUUCUUGCUCUACAAUCACUUUGAAAUAUUUUAAACCCUAAUCGCCAAAUAACAACAAUAAUAGAGACAUUUCCACGAAUUCUUGUUGGCUCAAACAAGAAUCUCCUCGACCCAUUCUUCAUACACCGAUUUCAGCUAUCACUUACUCCAUUAACUGCAAUAGUAUCACUGAAUCACUUCGCUUCUGAUUGUUACCGACCACGUCUUUGAUCAUGGUGGACUGAAGUUUCUUGACCACUUUUUACUGCUUUAGGAUCUUUUCUAAUUAGUUUGGUCCUUCCGAGUGUCACUGCCUCUUGAUAAGCAAUGACCCAAUUUCCACUAAUUAAGUGGUUCAAUCUUAAGAAUAUUUAUAUUACAUUCUGAUGGAUUGGAGCUAUUAAUUUCAAGAUUUAUUUAUUUCAACAAAUUAAGUGGUACGUAUAGAUUUGGGUGCAUAAUAACUAAAAGCCAAUUCUAUGCAUAACAUGAGAAUUUAAUGAUAUUUAUGAGAACUUUCCAUGUUAUCCCCUGAUCAUUCCUUAUGACAUUGGAUUCAAACUGAUAUGUUGAUUUUUAAUUGAUCUCCUUGUCUAAUUUGUAUUUGAAGUUACUAAUCAUUCAAUGUUUAUCAAACAAUCUUUUCUGGAAAAUGAUUCAACAGGUCAGAAUUGUAAUCUUCUAUCAUCCAGAUUUUUCCAUCUAAACACUUAUCGGACACUCAUUUUUUAUUCAGCAUCAAUUCCAGAAAAAGCCUUUAAAUCGUUCAGGCCUCUUUUUCAUUUAGAUAUGGAUGCUAUCUCGGUUCUCUCUGCAACUUAUCCUGAAACCAAAACGAUCCAUUUGAAGGCGUUCUGCAACCAUAAGAUCUCACACAGUAGAGGUUCAGCUCAGAAGGACGAUAAACAAUAUGGAUGUUUUAAGAAGAUUACUAAUCAUAACGAUCGUGCUUGUAUAACUCAAAGUUUAAGCAGAAAGAGAUUACCCCAUAUUGCUAAAGAGCUUGUUGUCGGAUUGCAAUCUGAAGGUUUUCUUCUGAACAAUUCUACCUUGACAGCUUUGAUGUUGUACUAUGCCAAUAACGGAUUUUUAGCCGAGGCAGAUGCCAUAUGGAAUGAAAUUAUAAAUAGUUCUUAUAGUCUUGAUCUUCAUAUAGUUUCAGAACUAAUUGAUGCUUAUAUUGGCAUGGGGUUUUUUGAUGAGGUAAUCAGAAUUAUACGUCAAAUUAGUCUUAGGCAUCCUCAAUUACAACGUGAAGUUUAUGCGCACACCAUAUCUUGUUUUGGUAAGAUUGGAGAGCUUGAUCUAAUGGAAGAUACAUUGAAGGAUAUGGUCUCAAAGGGAUUUCUUGUUGAUUCUGCUAUAGGUAAUGCUUAUAUUGUGUAUUAUAGUCGUUUUGGUUCAAUAUCCAUGAUGGAAAAUGCUUACAAGCGUCUAAAAAGUUCAAGAAUUCUCAUAGAAAAAGAUGGGAUUAGGGCGAUUUCUGUUGCUUACAUAAGGGAUAAAAAGUUUCAUAGUUUGGGUAAGUUUUUAAGGGAUGUGGGCCUUGGUAGGAGAAAUGCCGGAAAUCUUCUUUGGAACCUUUUGCUUUUGUCGUAUGCUGCCAACUUCAAAAUGAAGAGUUUGCAAAGAGAGUUUCUAAAUAUGGUGGAAGCGGGAUUCUAUCCUGAUCUCACUACUUUUAAUAUUCGAGCUGUGGCCUUCUCAAAGAUGUCUUUAUUCUGGGAUCUCCAUCUAACCCUCGAGCAUAUGAACCAUAAUGGAGUUAUCCCGGAUCUUGUCACAUAUGGCUGUGUUGUUGAUGCAUAUUUGGACAGGAGACUAGGGAGAAAUUUGGAAUUUGCUCUAAGGAAAAUGAACGUGAAGGAUCCUGCUCUUGUAUCAGCCGACCCGAUUGUGUUUGAGGUGAUGGGAAAAGGGGAAUUUCACUCUAGCUCGGAGGCACUUUUAGAAUUUAAGAGGCUGAAGACAUGGACCUAUCAGGAAUUGAUUGCAACAUAUCUUAAGAAAAAGUAUCGGAGUAAUCAAGUCUUCUGGAACUACUGAUGUGUUAUCGAAGAUGAGAAAUGCAGUUUUUAGUCGAACCUUAAGGCAUGUGGCCGGUAGUCCUUGGCUAUUGACGGAGGAGUUAAAUGAUCCUAACACCACUUCCAGAAAUUCUGGAAUACAUUUACUCUAUCUAUUGCUGAUUUUCUGUUAUGUGCACUUCCGGGAACCAAAUUGUUGAGCUUGAGUCACUUGUAUUGGCCUGCAAAAGAGUAAAGUGCGAUUCACCGAGAAAG